UUCAAUUAGGCUCACUGUUUACAAAGUUAUGAGUGUGAAAUAUAAUUUAUUUGUGGAUUUUAAACUGCAUUUUACAAUAUAAUGUUUAUCAAAAAAGAUGAAAUCUGUGUCAUUCUUUUUCCUGCUUGUAUUUUUGGACGGAUUGCUGGGAUCCACAAGUGAGUGUGAAUGUGGGAGCGUUGACAAGUUCUCGUGCGGGGACUGUGUGUGCGUGCCCCAGAACCUCGUGUGUGACGGGCAGUCCGACUGUAAGAAUGGCCGGGAUGAAGAGGGCUGUGGGGCACUCCCAGGUGUAGUCAGUGUGAAGAGCAGUCACUGCCCGGUGGACCAUUUCACAUGCUGGAACCAGCAGUGUCUCCGCCUCUCCUGGCUCUGUGAUGGCGACAACGACUGCGCAGACAACAGCGAUGAACUCAUGUGCCCUCCAAAGAACUGCACGGCCGAUGAGUUUCAGUGCAACAACAAUAACUGUGUGCUGAAGAAGUGGCGCUGUGACGGGGAUGAUGACUGCAAGGACUGGUCGGACGAACACCACUGUGAGCAUGAAUGCACUGAGAAUCAGUUCCGUUGCCACAACGACAGCACAUGUAUCGACCGGUCAUGGGUGUGUGACAAGGAGCCAGACUGUCUCGACCAGUCAGACGAAGCCUCCUGCGGGGUGGAGGAGCUGUACUGUGGGGAGCAUGAGUUCACGUGCCUGCAGGCUCAUCGCUGUAUCCCACGCCAGAAACGCUGUGACAGACACAAUGACUGCAAUGACUGGGAGGAUGAAACAGGAUGUGGUUUUGAGGACCUGAUGUGUGGUGCAGGGGAGUUCACGUGUCGACGAUCCCACCGCUGUAUCCCGGUGGAGCAGCGCUGUAACCGUGACAAUGACUGCGGGGACUGGGAGGACGAGAUAGGCUGUGACUUUCAGCAGCAGCCGUCCCAUAGCUGUGGUGAUGGAGAGUUUCCGUGUGACGAGAGUCUGUGUAUCAACGCCAAGUGGGUGUGUGACGGACAAAAGGACUGUGAGGACUUCAGUGAUGAACGCAACUGUAACGUGACCCAUUGUAAGGAUGGGGAGUUCCAGUGUGGCGGGAACACGAGCCGUGAUUGUAUCCCCCUGGAGAAGAAAUGUGAUGGCAAAACUGACUGCCCAGACAACUCAGAUGAGAACCUCUGUGUUCAUGAGCAGUGUGAUUACGGUCAGUUCCGGUGCGCGAAUGGUGAGUGUGUGGGCAAACAGAAGGUGUGUGACACCGUCACCGACUGCACCGAUGCCUCCGAUGAACAACACUGUCACUGGGCAGCCUCCUGUACAGAUGGGAAUGGUGGCUGUGAGCAGGAGUGUCAGCAGACAUCACUUGGGGCCAAGUGCUCAUGUCACCAUGGCUACAUGCUGCUGGCAGAUGGGCAGGGGUGUGAGGACGUAGAUGAAUGUUUGCUGUACCCUGUCUGCAGCCAGCACUGCAAGAACACACCCGGCUCGUUUCAAUGCUCUUGUUCUGUGGGCUAUGUUCUCAAACCUGAUGGAAGGGGAUGUAAAGCUCAAGUGAACCCCGGGGAGAAGGCCUACCUAAUAUUUGCUAACCGUGUGGACAUCCGGCGUGUGAUGCCAGACAUGUCGGAGUAUGACAGCAUUCUGAAUGGGCUGGAGAACGCAAUAGCUCUUGACUUUCACCACGAGAAAGGUUUUGUCUACUGGUCAGACGUAACUUUGGACAAGAUCAAGAGAGCGUACCUUAACGGCACUGGCAUUACGGAGGUGGUGGCCUACGGUCUAGAAAGUCCAGGCGGUGUGGCUGUGGAUUGGAUCCACAACCUGUUGUUCUGGACAGACUCUGGGACGUCUCGUGUCGAGGUGGCCAACUUGGACGGUCAGCACAGGAAGGUCCUCGUCUGGGAUAACCUGGAGAAACCACGUGCCAUUGUCGCUCACCCAGGACAGGGAGUGAUAUUCUGGACAGACUGGGGCAGUACACCGAAGAUUGAGCGGAGCUACAUGGACGGUGGUGGUCGGAUCACUGUGGCAAACACUUCGCUGUUCUGGCCCAACGGCCUCACCCUGGACUACGGGGCCGACAAGCUGUACUGGGCUGAUGCCAAACACCAUGUGAUCGAGUGUGCUGACCUAGAUGGCAAACAGAGGAGGACCGUCAUCAACCAGGGUUUACCCCACCCGUUUGCCCUGACCCUUUUUGAGGAUGAGCUGUACUGGACAGACUGGCACACAAAAAGCAUCAAUCGGGCCAACAAGUUCACGGGUAACGACGUGGAAAUGGUCCGCAACCGCCUCCACUUUCCCAUGGACAUCCACAUCUUCCACCAUGAUAGGCAGCCACAGGCGGAGAACCGUUGUGGGCCAGUUCAGGGAGGGUGCAGCCACCUGUGUCUGCCAGGGCAGUUGGGGUACAUGUGUGCCUGCCCCACAGGCCUACAUCUCAAACCUGAUAACAAAACAUGUGUCAGAAACAUCAAGUCCUUCCUGUUGUUUACAACGAGGUCAGAUGUCAGAAGGAUAACUCUGGGCACGGAGGACCAGUCAGAUGUGGUUAUCCCCCUUAGCAAGACUGUCAGCACCAAUGCCGUUGACUUUGAUGCUGACACAGACACCAUUUACUGGACCGACAGCGGCACUAACACAAUCAGCGCGGCCAAAUGGGACGGUACUGAGGAGCGGGUGAUAAUUGGUUCGAGUGUUGACACCCCAACAGGGUUGGCGGUGGACUGGUCCACGAGGAAGCUGUACUGGACUGAUUCUGAGAUGGGGAGAAUUGAGGUAGCCAGCCUGGAUGGCUCCAUGAGAGGUGUCCUCAUCUGGGAAGGACUUGGACAACCAAGGGACAUUGUCGUUGACCCAAUAUCAGGGUACAUGUUUUGGACAGACUGGAAAAAGCCAUCUUGUAUUGGAAGGGCUGGUAUGGAUGGGCAGGGCAGGCAGGUGAUCGUGUCACGCAACUUGACCUACCCCAACGGCCUCACAGUGGACUACUUUGGGGGCUUGACACGCCUCUACUGGAUCGACCCUGGGGCCGUAGACCCAGGAUCAAUACAAUCCUGUGCCCUUGAUGGCUCCGAUAGAAAGAUUGUGUACAGUAUGACCAGCAUGGUGCACCCCCAGCCUUUUGGAUUCACCAUAUACAAGGAGAGUCUCUACUGGGCAGACUGGCUCCACAAGAAGAUCAUCCGAGCGGGGCGGGACGGGCAGGGUCAGGUCACCCUGCAGGGCAAUAUGGGUAACGUGAUGGACAUCACUGUCUUCCACAGGCAGAGACGCCUAGUACAGAGUGAAUGUCAGGUGGAUAACGGAGGUUGCAGCCACCUGUGCCUGCCCGCACCUCUCCCCCGGGGUCACACUUGCGCUUGCCCAACUGGUACGCUCCUCAGGACCGAUGGUAACACCUGCAACACAGACAUGCGAAACUACCUGAUAUUUGCCCAGCGUACUGGCAUACGGAUGAUCUCCCUGGAUGUUGGCUACUAUGCUGAUGUCAGCCUGCCUAUCCCUUUGUUAAAAAAUGCCAUCGCCAUUAGCGUGGACAGGCUUGAAGACUAUGUGUACUGGACGGACACGAUCCUGGACCGGAUCCAGCGUGCGCGUCUCAAUGGCUCUGCAGUGGAGGACGUCAUCACUACCGGCCUCGACACGCCUGACGGCAUGGUCAUAGAUGAGAUUGGCCGCAAAAUAUACUGGACUGACACAGGUCUUAAUCGUAUUGAGGUUGCCAACCUGGACGGCUCCAUGCGAAAGGUUCUCAUCUGGGAGAAGCUGGACAAGCCGAGAGCGAUCACACUCUACUACGAGGAAAGAUACCUGUUCUGGACGGACUGGGGGGAGCAGCCCAAGAUAGAGCGGUCGGAGCUGGACGGGCAAGGGCGCAUAACUCUUGUCACCUCUAACAUCAUCUGGCCUAACGGGCUCACCAUUGAUAAGCAAACAGCCAGACUCUUCUGGGCAGACGCAAAAACUGAGUUGAUAGAGUCAUCUGACCUGAGUGGUGGAGACCGGCGGACGGUGGCGGUGAAGGUUGCCCACCCGUACAACAUUGCGGUGUUCCAGCAGCGGGUUUUCUGGACGGACUGGCAGAAGACAUCCGUGUACAGCGUGAGCAAGGACGGUUCACAACCAGAUAAACACCAGCUGGUGCUGCCCAAACUGACAGGGGUCAUGGAUAUACAAGUUGUCCAGAUGGAUCAGCCGGUGAAGCUGGGCAUCAAUAAGUGUCGUGUGAACAACGGUCACUGUAGCCACCUGUGCUUGCCCAGUCGCCAUGGCAUCACAUGCGCCUGCUCCUCGGGUCUGCGUCUCCGCAAGGAUGGAAUCACCUGCCAAUCCAUGCCAGAGGAGUACAUCCUGUUUGCUAGCCGCGGCAGUAUCCGGCGUAUCGCCCUCGACCUGCCUGACCGCACAGAUGUGUUCCUGCCACUCCCAGACCUAAACAAUGUGAUAGCCAUUGACUAUGACUAUGCCAGAGACAGGAUCUACUACACUGAUGUACACAUGGACGUUAUCAGGAGUGCGUUCCUGAAUGGUAGUGGAGUGGAGACGGUGGUACAGUCAGGCCUGAAGACAACGGACGGCCUGGCGGUGGACUGGUUGGCAGGGAACCUGUACUGGACAGACACUGGGACGGACGUGAUUGAGGUAGCCCGUCUCUCUGGGCGGCAAAGACGCACCCUUAUCAGUGACGACCUUGACGAGCCUAGGGCUAUAGCCCUCCACCCACAGAAGGGGUACGUGUACUGGACAGACUGGGGCUACAGACCAAGGAUAGAACGGGCGUACAUGGACGGCAGCAACCGCAGAAUCAUACACAACUCUGGGCUUGGUUUCCCGAAUGGUUUGUCUAUAGACUACGUGUCUGAGCGCCUGUACUGGGCGGACGGAAAGCUGGACAAGAUUGAGACGUCCACACUAGAUGGCAACCAUCGGGUCACCCUCAUACGGAAUGUCCCACACCCCUUCGGCCUCGCUCUGUUUGGUGAGUUUGUAUACUGGACGGACUGGCAGAAGCAGCAGAUUGAACGAGCCAACAAGCACACGGGCAAGGCAAGGGAGACAAUCAAACAGUUGUAUGUUGGCCUCAUGGACAUCAAGGUGGUUUCCCAUGGCAAACAAACAGGAGAUAACACAUGUUCACGUGACAAUGGAGGGUGCAGCCACCUAUGCCUUGCCCGGCCUGACGGUCAUGCCUGUCUGUGUCCCGACCAGCCUACAGACACACUUUGCAUACCCAAGCCGUUCCUAGAGGAGGAGGAUGUCAUGGCAACGAGCAAUGUGACAGGAACCACAGGCGACCAAAAAUGCUCCGAGGCAGACAGGCUGGCUGGGCGAUGCUCCCUCACCAAGCCUGAAGGAACCAGCCCCCGGGGGGCAUACAUUGCCAUCUCUGUUGUCCUUGUUAUUGGAGCCCUAGGUCUUGUGAUCAUAAUAUUUUUAUGGAAGAGACAGAAACGGCGGCAGGCAUAUCAGGGCGACAUCUCAUUUAUGUUUACCAAUCCGAACUACCAGCAGACGAGUACAGAGACAAUAAACUCUGACAGACCUCCACGAGACUGGCGAAUAUUCAGAUUCAACAAAAAAGCUGAGCGUCUGUCUAUGGGUGGGUCAAGCUGCCAGAGCGAGGAAAAGCUGAACACCUCAGAAACAGAGGCCCUGUACGGGGCUAGCUCAGAUAUCGAGGGGCCCUCCUGCUUCCCUGAUGGACCCAUAUCCAAAAAUAUCUUCAAGCCAAAAUCGUCUGGGAAGGGAAAGUCUGGGCGAAGCAAGCAGGUCCCGUAUCGCCCAGUGGACAGGAAGGUGACCUGAGGGUGACCUUGGCCUUGCCAGUGGACUUCAUGCAAUAACAGUACAGCAGUAGUGCUGUACACAGGGAGAUUAUGGCAAUAUUCUACACAAUGGGCUUCCUGUUUUGCCCUGUGGAGGCAGGAUACACACCAUCAGUGCGCUGUAGCAUGACAGCCAGACACUACUCAGGUCUAAUGUGUUGUUUCAUUCAACGCCAUAGGGAUGUCUUCUGUCAUACCCUAGAGCAGGUCUGGAUAUUUGUUAUGUUCAAGCUUCAUUUUAGUUGUUGAGUUUUUCAAAGAAAAAAAUAAGCUAUUGUGAUAGCCUUGGUGUUAUUGGGGCGACAGCUUUAACUCAAUAGUCAAAUUAAACUUUUUUACACAGUCUCAUUGUGAACUGAUGCAAUAAAAUGAAUAUUUCUGUUAUGUCGUCCUACAUAGUAAUAUUGGUGAGGAUGUACAAGUACUUUUUAUACUUUAUGCAAUGUCCAUUUGAAAAUGUUAAUGUGGCAUUUUUAUUGGAUUGAGCCUAACCAGCAAUAAUGCUAGUCAUUGUUUUUGGCUAUCUAAACUAUCACAUUCUUCUUUUUAUAUGCUUCAAAACUGUCGCAUUGUUCUUUUAUAUAGGUACUUUUAAAGUAAGUUUACUUUAAUGUGUUUACAGUGUAAAACAUAUCUGAUAUAAUGCCCAGAACUAGUUAUUUAACCAUUCUCUUUAUGACCCAUUUCUGCUUGUCACUGUUAAAACUCAUGUGGUCAAUGUGGGUUUACUAGGAGAUCAGACUGCAGUUGGUAAAUGUAUAACUAAUAGCAUUGAUGAGAUAUUGCUCACACGCUCUCAGGAGUAACCCCAACUCAUACAUGCACAGAUAUAACAAAUAUUUUUUGGCUUAUACAAGGGUAAAAAAUUAAAUAGUUCAAGUGAUAUGAUAGAUUAUGAGGAUGUUGAUGUGCUCAGAUAGAUUAUGAGAACGUUGAUGUGCUCAUUGGAACAACUAGCUUGUAACCUGUCUGUUGUCUGUGAACUUGGCAGCCAACAAUUGUCUGACCUUCUGUGGAUUUUACCCAAGCUGUGUACAUUGAUAUACCAUUGAAUAAGUAUUUUGUGAACAAAUUGAUGAUGUUGUGAACAAAUUGUUGGUGCUAUUUACAUAUGUGUAUAUUUUAUAGAUAGUAAAUUGUUAAGAUUUGUUAAAAUUGAAACCGCAUUGCACUAUUUUAGAGUAUUUUGUAUAUUAUUAGAUAUUGACACUAAAUUUAGUUUGAAAUGGUAAAAUUAUAUAAACUUUUGAAUCCAUUUUCACCCAUUUUCAUCGAAACAGUACCGGGUAAUUCAUGAUUUAAUUUGGGUAAAAACAAACUUGUAUGAAUUGACCUGUGUGUUUCAAAAUAACCAUGGAAACAUCAUUCUCAUCUGGUUGUUAUGGCUAGCAAGACUAAACAACACUUCUUUCAACACUUGACAACACUUCUAUCAAAACCUAAAUCAACACUUCUAUCAACACUAGACAGCACUUCUAUCGACACUAGACAGCACUUCUAUCAACACUACACAGCACUUCUAUCAAAACUAGACAACACUUCUAACAACACUAGACAACACUUCUAUCAACACUAGACAGCACUUAUAUCAAAACUAAACAACACUUCUAACAACACUAGACAACACUUCUAUCAACACUAGACAGCAUUUCUAUCAACACUAGACAACACUUCUAUCAACACUUCUAUCAACAUUAGACAAUACUUCUAUCAACACUUCAGUCAACACUAGACAACACUUCAAUCAGCACUAGACAACACUUCAAUCAACACUUCUAUCAACACUUCUAUCAACACUAGACAACACUUCUAUCAACACUUCAAUCAACACUUCAAUCAACUUUAGAUAACACUUUUAUCAACACUAGACAACAUUUCUAUCAACACUAAACAACACUUCAAUCAACACUAGACAACAAUUCUAUCAACACUAGAUAACACUUCAAUCAACACUAGACAACACUUCUAUCAACACUAGAGAACAAUUCUAUCAACACUAGAUAACACUUCAAUCAACACUAGACAACAAUUCUAUCAACACUUCAUUCAACACUUCUAUCAACACUUCAAUCAACUCUAGACAACACUUCUACCAACACUUCAAUCAACACUUCUACCAACACCUUUAUAAACACUAGAUAACACUUCUACCAACACUUCAAUCAACACUUCUACCAACACUUCUACCAACACUUCAAUCAACACUUCUACCAACACUUCAAUCAACACUUCUACCAAACACUUCUAUCAACACUAGACAACACUUCUACCAACACUUCAAUCAACACUUCUACCAACACUUCAAUCAACACUAGACAACACUUUUGCAGGAGUUAUCUUAUCAUAUUGACUGGCAAAAUGGCAUUAGCUCUAUAUUUUAUAUCAAAAUUGAAUUAAAAGCAAUCUUGGAAUUCACAUUUAGCUAAACUAUUUUUCUUUAACUGCUUGUACAAGUUGUUUUCUGUUUUUCAUCAUCUAUAUUUUUGUUAUACAUGUAUGCUUGACUCCAUUUUAAUGUAUUGUUUUAUUGUGUUAUGCCUUUUGGUCAGUCCUUUUAUCACAUGAUAUUAUACAUUUUAUAUACAUUUGAUAGCUCUUAAUUGGAUGGAAUUUGUUUAAGCUUCUCAUCAUCAUCAUCGUCAUCAUCAUCAUCAUCAUCAUCAUCAUCAUCAUCAUCAUCAUCAUCAUCAUUGUAAAGUUCUGUGCUUGCACCCUUGUAAACUUAUUUAGAAGUUUGUGUAUAUAUAAUGAUUUUAUGUUUUGAGGAAUAUUUGUAUCGCGUAUUGUUAUUGUCUGUUAUUGUAAUUUAGGUUUUAACUACUCCAAAGCAAAGGCAUCUACAGAAAAGAUGGGGUAGGGGGUCAGUAACAUCUGUGGGGUAGGGGGUCAGUUACAUCUG